CACUACAUCAAGACAAGUGAAGAUGGCGGAUGUGUUGAGUGUUCUUCGUCAGUAUAACAUCCAGAAAAAGGAAAUCGUCGCCAAAGGAGAUGAAGUUAUAUUUGGAGAGUUCUCCUGGCCGAAAAAUGUCAAGACCAACUACAUAAUCUGGGGUACUGGUAAAGAGGGCCAGCCCAAAGAGUACUAUACUUUGGACUCUAUCUUGUUCUUGCUCAACAAUGUGCAUCUCCCCCAUCCAUCCUAUGUGCGGCGAGCUGCAACAGAGAACAUCCCUGUUGUCAGACGACCUGAUCGAAAAGGCUUAUUGGCGUAUCUCAAUGGCGAAAGUUCUACAUCGACAAGUAUUGACAGAAGUGCACCUAUAGAAAUAGGUUUGCAAAGGCCAACACAAGUCAAAAGAGCAGCUGAUGAAGUAUCUUCUGAAGCCAAAAAACCAAGGAUUGAGGAUGAGGAACGAGUGCGUCUGGAUAAGGAGCGUCUGGCUGCCCGUCUGGAGGGCCACAAAGAGGGCAUCGUGCAGACUGACCAGAUCAGGUCACUGUCUGAGGCCAUGUCAGUGGAGAAAAUCGCAGCCAUCAAGGCCAAGAUUAUGGCCAAGAAACGUUCCACCAUCAAAACAGAUCUGGAUGAUGACAUAACCCUGAAGCAGAGAAGCUUUGUGGACGCUGAGGUGGAUGUCACCAGAGAUAUCGUCAGCAGAGAGAGGGUCUGGAGGACCAGGACAACCAUCCUCCAGAGCACUGGAAAGAAUUUCUCCAAGAACAUCUUCGCCAUCCUUCAGUCAGUGAAAGCCAGAGAAGAAGGGCGAGCACCGGAGCAGAGGCCAGCACAGAACACUACUCAAGUGGACCCGUCCCUAAGGAACAAGCAGCCUGUCCCUGCUGCCUACAACAGAUACGAUCAGGAGCGAUUCAAAGGGAAAGAGGAAACUGAGGGUUUCAAGAUCGAUACCAUGGGCACCUACCACGGCAUGACCCUGAAGUCAGUGACGGAAGGAGCAUCUGCUCGUAAGGCCCAGACGCCGGCGCUGCAGCCUGUCCCUCGUCCAGUUUCACAAGCCAGACCCCCACCGAACCAGAAGAAAGGGUCCCGGACGCCCAUCGUCAUCAUCCCCGCCGCCACCACCUCGCUCAUCACAAUGCUCAAUGCUAAGGAUCUCCUGCAGGAUCUUAAGUUUGUCACGCCCGAAGAGAAGAAGAAGCAAGGCAUCCAGCGUGACAAUGAGGUUCUGCUUCAGAGGCGCAAAGACCAGAUCCAGCCUGGCGGCACAACACUGAGCGUCACUGUGCCAUACCGUAUCAUCGAUCAACCGCUCAAACUGGCUCCACAAGACUGGGAUCGAGUGGUGGCUGUGUUUGUGCAGGGUCCCGCCUGGCAGUUCAAAGGCUGGCCAUGGCUGCUGCCUGAUGGCUCCCCUGUCGACAUUUUCGCCAAAAUUCGAGCCUUUCACUUGAAGUAUGACGAGGCAAAGACGGACCCCAACGUGCAGAAGUGGGACGUGACUGUCCUGGAGCUGAGCCGCCACAGGCGCCAUCUGGACCGGCCCGUCUUCCUGCGCUUUUGGGAAACCCUCGACAGAUACAUGGUGAAACACAAAUCUCACCUCAGGUUCUGAGCCCAGAUCACAGCGUCCAUCUCUGAAAAAUCCCACAAACAAAUUCUUCGACCCUCCAACUCCCCUCAGUCCACUUCUUGCAGACGUAGCCCCUCUCUGCUGAGCUGCCAUCCCAUCUUCCAACAGGAGAUCUCUUUUCUAACAGGAGAAGGAGGACACAUUAUCCAGCGGACUUCCUCCAACACUUCCUCGAGGACUCCUGAUGCAUUUUGCUGGAUUUUGCUCUGGACACUGGAGAGGAGAUUUAGGGGAUUUUUUUGUUUGUUUUUGUUGUAAUUAUUUUCUAAUGUUUCAUGUAGUUAAACAAAAAUACCAAAAUAUGUUUUAUAUCAAAAGAAAACAUACUGUGGAAACAACUUAAAUGAGAUGUUAAGCAACAUAAUGGGGUCAGAGGAAGAGAGGAUUUCCUUUUUGUCACUGUUUAAGAGUUCAGCUGAGAAACGUUUAGAUGGAAAGAAACAGAAAAACGACAAACAAGACAGCCACUGAGUUUGAGGAAAGACACUUCCUUUACACUUAUCUUUGUUUUUCUUUUGGGUGUUUGUGGUCUGAAUGUACAUAUAUGAUAUGAAAUGAUCAAACCUGUCAGAUCCAAAGCUCUUUGAGCAGAGAGGACGAUGCAGGUAAGUGAUUUUGUUAAUACUGCUCUGCUCUUGCUCAGCGAGAUGAUCUCAGUCAAGCAUUCAGUUCCUAGCUCAGUUUCUGACGGAUCAGCACAUCUCCUGGUCAUGCAAUGACCUUGUUAAAGUCUUCUUUUUCUUCUUUGUUGGUGUUGUGCUAGAGGAGAGACAUUAAGGAAAGUUUUGCUUUAAGUCGUCACAUGAAAAUAGACAAUAAAGCCUCAGAAAAACAAA